UUCUUCCUGGUAACAGAUGAUGCUGUGGUCAUGUACCCUCUCCUCUGUUUUUAGAGCAGCUCUCAGUCAGACUGAGUCAGUUUGUCAGGAGAACUCAGGAACAUGGCUUCAUCCUUCCUCUGCCUCAGCCUCCUCUUCAUCAGCCUCAGCACAGCAGAUGGGUUCAAAAUGUUUUGGGUGCAUCACUGUGACUUUAACUCCACUGAGCCGAAAGACAUCAAGUACGUCCUGUCUUACUAUUACAACAAGAUCGAGUUCUCCAGGUUUGACAGUGAUGUGGGGAAGUUUGUUGGAUUCACUGAGUACGGAGUGAAGACCGCAGAGGAAUGGAACAGUGGUGCAUACCUGACUCAAAUGAAAGCUCAGAAGGAGAGGUACUGCCAACACAACAUUGGUGUCUGGAACAGCAACAUUCUGCCUAAAUCAGCUCCUGCUAAGCAGCAAAACCUGGUUUUACUUCAGCAGCACAGAAAGUGUCUGAAGGCCAGCAGGUGGAUGAGGGAAGGGGAGGUAAUUUCUUCAGAAGUA